UCACCCAAUUCUGGUCUCCUCACCACCAACUGCCAGUUGCCCGCGGGCUAAAGAGAUUCACGGCGCCAGAAAUGCGGAGAGCGACUUGCUGAGUCAAAAGAUUCGGCCCAGAGCUCGUCAAUCUGCGUGUUGCCAUUGGUGCGCCGUGCCUGGACAACGGACUCGGCAUAAUAAGUCGUCGUGGAGGAAGUCGCUGGAAGCGCUGAGGAGACAAUUUGCAGCCUAUUAGUAUCCCUGUCUUCGUCUCCUCUUCUGUCUCUCUCCCCUUCUCCUCUCCUCUUCCCUUCCUACUUUAACUCUCUGUCCUUCCUUUCGUCUUCCUCUUCUCUCCCGUCUUACACCCGAGGUAAUCCACCUGUCCCCUGGGUUUCUUCUUCCCACCCUCUGUGUACCAUCCAGUGACUUCUGUCAUACCUUUGCUUCCAAUUCACCCCUGAGCUUUCGUCUCCUUUCCUCUACAUUCUUUCACAAUGGCAUCCGCUGCUAGAACGGCUUCCCGGGCCUUCCUUCGCUCGACCCCCGCUACCUCUUCCUUCAGACCUGCUGCUCGCAGUGCUCGCUUUGCCCUCCCCUCUCAGGGCUUCCGUGCUCCCUCUCGCCGCGGCUAUGCCUCUGAGGCUGGUGAGGCCAAGUCCUCUAACAGCCUCCUGUGGGCUGGUAUUGCCGCCGCUGGUGGUGUUGGCGCCUACUUCUACCUGAAGGGUGGUGAUGCCUCCGUAAGCUCCAAGGACUUUGUCCCCACCAAGGAGGACUACCAGAAGGUGUACGAUGCCGUUGCUCACCGUCUCGCCAACGAGACCGACUAUGACGAUGGCAGCUAUGGACCCGUUCUUGUCCGUCUGGCAUGGCACGCAAGCGGUACCUACGACAAGGAGACUGGCACUGGUGGAAGCAACGGUGCCACCAUGAGAUUUGCCCCCGAGUCCGACCACGGCGCCAACGCUGGUCUCAAGCACGCCAGAGACUUCUUGGAGCCCAUCAAGGCCCAGUUCCCCUGGAUCACCUACUCCGACCUGUGGACCCUGGCUGGUGCCUGCGCCAUCCAGGAGCUUGGUGGCCCUGCCAUCCCUUGGAGACCUGGCCGUGAGGACAAGGAUGUUGCUGCUUGCACCCCUGACGGACGUCUUCCCGACGCCACCAAGGAGCAGUCGCACAUCCGUGACAUCUUCUACCGCAUGGGAUUCAACGACCAGGAGAUCGUUGCUCUGAUUGGAGCUCACUCCCUUGGUCGCGCCCACACUGACCGCUCCGGCUUCGACGGUCCCUGGGACUUCAGCCCUACCGUCUUCACCAACGAGUUCUUCCGUCUGUUGGUGGAGGAGAAGUGGCAGCAGCGCAAGUGGAACGGCCCUAAGCAGUUCACUGACAAGACCACUGGUACCCUGAUGAUGAUGCCCGCUGACCUUGCCCUGACCAAGGACAAGGCCUUCCGCAAGUACGUCGAGCUCUAUGCUAAGGACAGCGACCUCUUCUUCAAGGACUUCUCCAAUGUGUUCGUCAAGCUCCUCGAACUUGGUGUCCCCUUCAAGACUGAGGACCGCUAUGUCUUCAAGACCUCUGAGUAGAUAUUCUCGGGGUCUUUGUGAAUAUUCUGGGUUCGGUUUGUUUUAGGAUUUUUGCUGCGGAGCAUUGUUUUCUCUUGUUCACAUUUUGAUAUCCGACAUGUUCUCGAUCGAUGUUCGACGACCAUAGCAUGCGUCUUAGACAGGCAUGUCUUGCCGCGGGGCAUUAAACCAUACAGGGGUGGAAAUGUCUAGAUGAUUAGAUUAAUAAACCAUCCUUUUGAAGAUUCAGCUGAUAUCUCAUAGUAAUACUUUGCGUACUAAUAUCUAACCAGCUAACCAGCGAACUUAAUGCGAUAUAUAUAUACAUACAUAUAAUCACGCCUACUAGUACUAGUUGAACUGACUAGUUAUUGAUAGCUCGUUCGUGCAAGACAUCUGCC